AACAUUAAUAGUAAUACACUUACUUGCAUACAAAAUAGGUAUAUGACUCAUGACUUGCAGGCAGGGCUGUGCUAUGUGGGUGUGGUCAAAGUGCAGCCUUCGCAUUGGCCCAGUCCCAAGCCCAUCAUCAUCACUGUAUAAAGGGCAGCCCUGGUCCUCCCUGUUCAACAGCCUCACACGAAAACCUCAUCCAUCCAACAAACAACCACCGGCUCUCCUCUCUGCUCCUUCUGUCUGAGUAAAGGAAACAAGAUGGGCGCGCAAAAGGUGGCAUUGGAAAAACUAUCACAUUUCUUCCAGCUCCGUAACCUGUUGCUUCGACAGGCUCUGGCAGAGUGUCUGGGCACCCUCAUCCUUGUGAUGUUUGGCACGGGUGCAGUGGCUCAGUAUGUGUUGAGUGGCGGUACUCAUGGAAUGUUUAUUACAGUCAACUUUGCCUUUGGGUUUGCUGCUACCUUAGGCAUUCUGGUCUGUGGCCAGAUAUCAGGAGGACAUCUUAAUCCUGCUGUGACCUUUGCCCUGUGCCUCCUUGGACGAGAGCGCUGGAGAAAGUUGCCCAUGUUUUUUCUCUUCCAGACGAUUGGUGCAUUCUUCGGCGCUGCCAUUAUCUUUGGCAUGUACUAUGAUGCCCUGUGGGACUACCCUGGAUGUUUCAACAUGACCGGCAACUCAAGUACAGCUGGUAUCUUUGCCACUUACCCCGGGAAGCACCUGACAAUUGUGAAUGGCUUUUUUGACCAGGUCAUUGGGACUGCUGCCCUUAUAGUGUGUAUCUUGGCUAUUGUGGAUCCAUACAACAACCCCAUCCCACAGGGGCUGGAGGCCUUCACUGUGGGUUUUGUGGUUCUGGUCAUUGGACUCUCCAUGGGCUUUAACUCUGGUUAUGCUGUCAACCCAGCCAGAGACCUUGGACCUCGUGUUUUCUCUGCCAUGGCUGGUUGGGGUGUUGAUGUUUUUACUUUUAGAAAUGGGUGGUUCCUGGUGCCCACAUUUGCCCCAUUCAUUGGCACUUUCAUCGGUGUAAUGGUGUAUCAGCUGAUGGUAGGCUUCCAUGUGGAGGGUGAAGUACGUGAUCGCAAAGCUGCACAGCAAGAGAAUGAGAAAGUCAGGUUAACAAAUGUAACUACCAACAAUGACCACAGCAAAGAACUGCACUGAAUGUCUAAGUAUUUUUGUAAAUGGAUUGUGAGGAAACAAAAAACAAAGAAUUACAUUAAUUCUGUUAUAAACUAUUUUGCAUUUUGCAGUAUUGUACUCUUCAUACCAACGUAGUAUGCUCAUAGCUUUGUAUAGUUUUUAUUUUGUUAUAUUGUUUUAGAUGUAAGUAGAUUUUGACAACUAUUACUUUCUUAAAUGUUGUAUAUUUAAUCUAUGCUUGAAUUAUAGUCCAUCACUUUUCAAUUAUAACUUUGUGGUCCAAACUAAAUGUUUUACAAUAACAAACACACCUGGCCAAGAAUAUUCAACAAUUUCAUAAUUGCCAGGAUUUGAUUUAAUUGAUUGUUGUAAAUUGUUAACUACUAUAUUUCUGUUACUGAGUUUAUGGAUUGGGGAAAUGUGUAUGUAGGUUGAGGGGAAAUGCUCUUGUUUUAAUACAAUAAAGAUGUUGCAGCAUUCAUGACAGAAAGGUGGAUUGUGUUACCUGCUGUUCUACUUUCCAGUUCAUGUCCAAUGUACUUCUCAUUUUUUUGUCUGACAAAAAAGUAUAAAGUUACAAUAGGACAAUUGUAACUAAGUAAACAAUUUUUUUUCCACUUAUCAAUAAACUUACUUUUUCAA